CCCGGCAAAAAAGCCAGCAUUAACAUCAUGCGGCGCCUCACCGCGCAGCUGCUCGGCUUAGCCGCCAUAGCCCGCGGCGCCUUCUGGAAAAAACCAGCCCAGGAGGCAGCAGCGGUGCCGGAGUACGUCCUGACGGAGGAGCACCACCACGUGCUGCCGCACCUCCUCGCACUCGUCGCGGAGGGCAAGGUCCGCAAGCGGGCGACCCUGGUGCACCUCGACUCGCACCACGACGCGGGCCUGCCAUCAAAUUGGAACCACGAGGACAACGAGCACGACACGCAGCUGGCGCACACGCACAUUAAUAAUUUCCUCUUCGCGUUGGGUUUAUUAGAAGCGGUGGAGCACGUGAUCUUCGUGGAGCCGCCGUGGUCGCGGCAGUGCGUGAGCCUGCACAACCGGACGAAGGCACUGCGCCUCGGAUUUAUUGAAGGCGCGCCGCGCGUCUCGUAUGAUGCGACGCCGGCGGAGCAGCGCGCGCUCGGGGGCUUUUUCGACGACCACCAGGUGGUGGACGACCUCGCGGAGUCCGUGACGGUGCGGUUUUCGGUCGUGGCCUUGAGUGACGCGCCUUCUAUGAUUUCAAAGCUCGUCGGAGACAAGGCGGACGUGAUCUUGGACGUGGACUUGGACGCCUACGGCACGACGUCGCCCGGCGCGCUCGCGUUGCGCUCCGCGGGCCUCGACCCGGUCACAAUCCGCCGGCUCUACCGCCUCGCGCACGACAUGUGCGUCUUCGACGAGAUGUACGACUUUUCUCAACCCUACAAGUCACCAAACUGUAAAGAGGAGCCCCUGGGCUCCGGCCCCGUGACGCGGCGCAAGGUCGCGGACGAGUUGCGGGACGUCGUGGACAGCGCCGAGCGCGCUUCAUCAAUCACGUGGACGGAUGCCAGAAGAGGCGCCGUCGCCGCCACACUAAGACCCUUUGCCCAACAGCUGCAGGCGUCCUUCAACAUCGAAGAAAAAAUGAAGCAGUUUAUUGCGCAGCCUUUUAAUGAUAACGCCGGCAGUGUAGCGGGCGUCGGGAAGGUACUGAGAGAAACGAUCCGCCGACUGGAGCGGGUCAGGGCGGUCACGGCCGUGCGGUCGCCCUUCUACGCCCCGGCCGAGUUGCUUAGUGUAAUCGAGUGCCAGGCUUUUGGACUCUUCGGUGAGAUUUUUGGCGACGGCGGUGCAUUGAGGUACCACGACGGCGUCCGGGCGAAUCGGACGGGCUGCCUCGCGAAGCACCCCCACGACGACCAUGCUACGGUCGGCGCCUUCCGUCAUAUUGAAACGAUGGAGCUCCGGGAGGAAGAUGUGGACGACCUCUUCUUUUCGGAGGAGGAGAGCGACGAGGUCGUCGAGGCGCGGUUCGUCAAUGAUGGGGAAGACUCCGUGGACAUCUACUGGCGCGUGCUCAAGCUCGAGACGCUGGAGGCGGGCAAAGAGACGGCCUUCGAGACGACGGCGGGCUCGCGGUGGUCGUUCCGACAAGGCGAGAAGGUGCUGAAGAGCGUGCGCGUCGGCCGCGCCGCGCGCAACGUCUACGCGUUGCAAGGCCAGAGCUUCGACGCGCACCCCGUCGAGAUGACGUUUGUGACUCCGAGUGACGCGCGCGUCGUGUUUGAUGCGGGCGAGGGCGAGGUCGAGUACGAGGGCGACCGGGCGCACCCGGUCGAGACGUACCACGGCCACGUCUGGCGCGCCUAUGAUAUGAUGGGCAACCUGCUCGGGUCGUUUACUGUAAACGCGGCCGAGGGCUACCGCCAGGAGUUUCGCACAGAACUUUAGUAACUAU